AUGGGCAAGGACGACGAGAAGCCAUUCUACCUCCAACUUAAUGAGAGUAUCUACGAGCGUGUACAGAAAGAGAAGGCAGAGCAGAUCCAGAUUCAGUCGCUGCAGCAAAGAACGGCAAGAGGACAAUUCUUUGCGACAGUAUUCGCAUGUUUUCUCACAGGCUGCAUAGGCUACUACUACGGCCAAAUGAUCCCCCCAAAGCCAGACACGAGCUCGACCGCGCCGCUCGAGACCUUCAAUCCUCCCAAGCACAACAUCUCCGAAGCGAACAUGGAAGCAGCCUGGACAGACUUGCGUGACAUUGUCGGCAGAGAGAACAUCACACUAGACAAGAAUGAUCUAGAGUCGCACAGCGGAUCCUCGUGGUCUUCGCAUCCUUCUCAACCUGGCGACGUGCCGUUCUGUAUCGUGAAGCCUGGCAGUACCGAAGAAGUCAGCGCCAUCAUGAAGGUCUGCCACGAGCGCAAGAUUCCGGUCACUCCGUAUAGCGGAGGCACAAGUUUGGAGGGCCACUUUGCCGCAACAAGGGGUGGUAUAUGCAUCGACUUCAGUCGCAUGGACAAAAUCGUGAAACUACACAAGGACGAUUUGGACGUUGUCGUCCAACCUGCAGUGGGCUGGGAACUUCUAAAUGAGGAGCUUGCAAAGGAAGGCUUGUUCUUCCCUCCCGACCCAGGUCCAGGUGCAAUGAUCGGCGGCAUGGUCGGAACAGGAUGCUCUGGCACAAAUGCGUAUCGCUAUGGCACAAUGAAGGAUUGGGUGAUAUCGCUCACCGUAGUCCUGGCUGAUGGAACUGUCAUCAAAACUCGACAACGGCCACGAAAGUCUUCUGCUGGAUACGACCUCACGCGUAUGUUUAUAGGCAGCGAGGGCACAUUGGGCCUCGUCACAGAAGCUACACUCAAGGUCACUGUAAAACCACAACACACCAGUGUAGCCGUAUGCGCCUUCCCAUCUGUCCGUGCAGCAGCGGAUUGCGUCUUCAAGGUCGUUGGUGCGGGGGUACCUAUCGCCGCUAUCGAGAUCCUCGACGAUGUUCAGAUGCAGUGCAUCAACGACGCAGGGCAAACCUCCAAGACAUGGAAGAAUGCACCAACGCUCUUCUUCAAGUUUGCCGGUACUCAAAGUUCGGUUAAAGAACAGGUCAGCCAAGUGCAAGGCAUGGCCAAGAAGUCCGGCUCUGUCAGCUUCGAAUUCGCCAAAUCUGAACAAGAGAAAGAAGACCUGUGGCAAGCGCGCAAGGAGGCACUAUGGAGUGUCAUGGCCAAGAGCGAAGGUGAUCCCGAGAUGGGAGUUUGGACUACAGAUGUUGCCGUGCCAAUAUCUAAGCUCCCUCAAAUCAUCGAAGAGACUAAAGAACAGAUCCGGCAGAGCGGCCUACUAGCUAGUAUUGUAGGACACGUUGGAGACGGAAACUUCCACUCCAUCAUCCUGUACAAUCGCAACCGCGACCACGAAAAGGCGUCUCACCUUGUCCACGAAAUGGUGAAGCGUGCCAUCGAACUCGAAGGCACUGCCACAGGGGAGCACGGAGUUGGUCUUGUCAAGAGAGACUACCUGCCACAUGAAGUAGGUCAAAGUACCGUUGACGCGAUGAGGCAGCUUAAGAAGGCUUUCGACCCUCUUUGCUUGCUCAACUGUGACAAGGUUGUUCGUGCGACGUUGCCUAAGCAAGGCGAGGUCGCUGAGUGGUAA